CCGGCUGCAAAUAUAGAUAGAAAAUAAGACAUCGACGUCGUUUAGGCACAAAGCAGGAAAAUAGCUAACCUGCUGUGCACUCUCUCGCGCCUGGAGGCAUUGCCUCGCAAAGCAGAAACCCUAAAGCCCUCCUCUGUCGAUCCGGUGCAGCAGUUUCCAGCUUCAGGGCUAUACAUUUAUACUGUGCCAUGAAGAGGCCAAUGCCAUGGAGCGAUCAAGAUGAUGAUUCAUCGUCUGAUGAAUCUUCGUCAUCCCAUUCAGAUAGUGAUGGUGAUAAGAAGAAAGGAACGGAUGGAAAGAAAGCUAACAAAGGCCAAAAAUCCAAGGAAAAGAAAUCUAAAGUAGGCAAGUCUGGAAGGCGUAAGAGUGGUGCUGUGGAUUUUGAUGCUUUGAGGCAACAUGGCUAUAAAGGUGGACUGUCUGUCCUGAGUAUGCCCCCACCAAAAGAUGACACACCACAAGACUGGUCUUGGUCUACUGGCAAAGAACAUCGAGAGGUCAAGGAGGUUGAAGAAUCUUAUGAAGAACGACAAAAAACCAGAGCUGCAAUAAUGGAUGGUGAGCAACUGAUGAAUGUGCAAACUACCAAAGAGAAGAAAAAUUUAUCCUUCUCCCAGAAGGAGAAGAGGAAAAGAGAUCUUGGUCAGGCUAGUCGGGGGAAGAAUUAUGUUGAAGAAGAGAAGAGGUUGUUAAGGGAAAGUGGCAUCUACUCUAGUUUUGAUACAUGAUAACUAAUGCUUUGUAGCAAUGCUUCUUGUUGUGCAAAGGAUGUGAAGACUUUGUUAUUAUGCGGCCAAAGCUAUACCUUGUUAGAAAUUAUUUCUAAUGCGUUGCUUGAAUUCCA